UCUUUUUUCUUUGGCGUCUCGGAAACAUUUUUUUCGGGCAGCUAUUGGUCAGUGAUCGUGACGUAUGUUUCGUUGAGUGUCACCAAAUUGUAUUCUGUUUGGAAACCAUUCAACUAUCGUUUGUUUUGCACGAUGAAACGUUGCCUUCAUAUCAUCGCGUUCAGCUCCUUCAAAUUGCCAAAUCGAAAUGACAGUCGAUCGAGUGUGCAAUAUACAUUAGCGAAGCUGUCACCAAAUAUAGCGACGUUCGCUUUCUUCACAUUCCCGUACAUUAUUUGGAGUUUCGCUUUAUUGUUCGUCGGAGACCGCUGCUAUGUGUUCAAUAAUCUCGCUGAUUUGCUGCGAUUUCUUGGAAUUAUAAGGGCAAUGGUCAUGACGGCUUUUCCUCCUACUCAGAAUAUUGGUCGAUCCAAUUGUGAGCUUUAUCAUGGAACGUCAGCAUUGCCCUCAAACAUUUACAUUCAAUUACGGUUCAGUGUUCUGUUUUCUACCUAUACCAUAUCUCAUCGCCUUGAAGAGGGUUUCUCAACCGAGGGUGCUUGCAUCCUCGAGGGGUCCGAGAUGGUAUUCCAGGAUAAGGAUGGGUGGACUUUACUGGUACCAAAGAAUGUUGCAUCCAGGAGUGCGACACCGUUCCAGGAGGACUAUUGCUCCUGA